AUGUUGAAGCUGGCUAAAGUGGGAAUGAAACGAGUACUAGAUGAUUUGGAAUCUGGGCCAAAUUGUUUUGAAACUGCAAUGCGUAAUAGUGCUACACUUGCUCCUCCAUAUAAGGACCCUCUUGGCCCUUCCCCUAGGCUUCUAGUUAUUCUUCUGGUUCUUUCCUCUGUUGUAUUUGCUGCUGCAGUUCCUGCAACAAGAAGCUCCAUGAUUGGGAAAAUGAAUCCUUUGGUGCAAGAUCAUCUGGCUAAGAACCCAGUUAUGGAGUUAAGCAACAGCGAGGAAGACAUGAACAAAGGAACUUCUGAGAGCAGAAUGAUGAUGGAUAUUGUAGACUACCCUGGAACAAAACCAAAUCCAGCUCAUGAUCCAAAAUCUCCUGGAAAACCUUAA